AUGCGCUUAACAGCGUCAUCACUCCUCUUCGGAGCUAUUGCAUUAUCAGCUAUAGGAGGAGUUCUCGCAGCUCCUACAGAUGCGCCCGCUUCUUCUGCACAGUAUUUCGUGAAGUCCCUUCCCGGGCAGCCGAAGGGGCCACUGGUCAAGAUGCAUGCUGGACACAUCGAAGUCGAUGCCGCUACGAACGGGAACCUCUUCUUCUGGCAUUUUCAAAAUAAACACAUCGCGAACCGGCAACGUACCGUAAUAUGGCUUAACGGGGGUCCGGGAUGUAGCAGCAUGGAUGGCACUUUGAUGGAAAUUGGUCCCUACAGAGUGAAAGAAGAUCAGUCGCUCGAAGAGAACCCCGGAAGUUGGCACGAGUUUGCCAAUCUACUAUUUGUGGAUCAACCUGUCGGUACCGGGUUUAGCUAUGUCGAUAGCAACCACUACUUGACAGAUUUGGACCAGAUGGCGGAUCAUUUCAUCAAGUUUUUAGAGAAAUGGUUUGCAUUGUUUCCAGAGUAUGAAGCCGAUGAUCUUUACAUAGCUGGAGAAUCAUACGCCGGGCAACAUAUCCCCUACAUCGCUCAGGCAAUUCUUGACCGAAACGCUAAAUCCUCCUCGGCCACAAAAUGGAAAAUUGAGGGUCUUCUUAUUGGAAACGGCUGGAUCGAUCCUGCACCACAAUAUCUUUCCUAUCUGACAUUUGCGUACAAGGAAGGGAUCGUUGAGGCUGGCACCGAUGUUGCAAAAUCACUCGAAAAACAGGUCUCAAUCUGCGCAAAGACACUUUCUGAAAAGGGAGCCAAUCAUGUUGAUGUUCCUAUCUGCGAGAGAAUCCUCACAGAUAUGCUCGAAAAGACGAAAAAGAUGAAGAAUGGAGAGGAAAGAUGUGUGAACAUGUACGAUGUUCGCCUUGACGACACUUACCCCUCUUGUGGAAUGAACUGGCCUCCAGAUUUGAAAGAUUUGACUCCAUAUCUGAGGAAACCGGAUGUUGUAAAGGCUCUGCACGUUAACCCAGGCAAGAAAUCCGGAUGGACUGAAUGUGCUGGUGGUGUUAGCUCUGCGUUCCGCGCGAAGAAUUCCAAACCUUCAAUCGAGCUUAUGCCAAAUCUAUUGGCUAAUAUGCCCGUGUUACUAUUCUCUGGCGACAAAGAUUUGAUUUGCAACCACAUAGGAACGGAGGAAUUGAUUCAUGCUAUGGAAUUCAACGGUGGGAAAGGAUUUGAGCUUGAUGCUCCUGGCACUUGGGCUCCUCGGGAAGACUGGGUUUUCGAAGGCGAACCAGCUGGAUACUACCAAAGUGCACGUAACCUUACAUACGUUCUCUUUUACAAUUCAUCACAUAUGGUUCCCUUCGAUUUCCCUCGCCGUACGCGCGAUAUGCUCGAUCGUUUCAUGGGCGUUGACAUCGGGAAAAUCGGCGGUAUCCCUACAGAUUCCAUUAUCGGUGGUGAGAAAGGUCCGGUUACAUCUGUUGGCGGCACUCCUAAUUCCACCACCGCCAUUGAGAAGGAGAAGUCGAAAGUUGAUAAAGCACGCUGGGACGCGUAUUACCGCUCCGGUGAAAUUGCCCUCGUGUUUGUUGCUAUUUCCGCUAUUAUUUGGGGUAUUUUUGUAUAUCGCCAAAGGCGCAGUUACAGGAACUCCAGAAAUGAUGGGAAAGGCGCUUACCGGGGUGUAGGGAUUGGUAUGAAGAGGAGGAAUAUGAGGAGUGAGGAGAGCUUUGACGAGGAUGAAUUGAAGGAUCUGACAGUCGAAACGCCAAUGUUUGAGAGAGACCCCGAAAGUGGUGGUGCAGCGAGGCAAUCGAGGUACAGUGUGGGGAGUGAUGAGAGUGACGGAGAGGGGAGUGCAGCAAAGGAGCGAAAAUGA